AAGCGCUGAAGCGGUUACCUUGGCAAUGCCUGCGCGUCGCCGCAGCUGAUGUGAUUGCAUCCUGCGCGCUCCCGCAGUCUCCCACACGAGCAAGCCCAGAGAGAACGACUGAUGUCAUGCACAGGGCCAGACACGGCAGCUAAGGAAAGUCAUCGUCUCGACCACCAACCCGUUGGGACAUUAUCCUUUUCGCAUCUGUAAUCUCUCUCAGUCUGGUUGGUUCCUCCACCCCUCUGUGACCUGGGGAUGAAUGCACCAAUGAGGAGCCUCACAGGUAUGCCUGAUCGCAUGUUAUGUGCAGUGCUGGAGCAAUUUCAGCUUUACUUUUCCCUUUGAUCCACUCUCUGUAUAGCACAGCUAGUCCCAGCAUGCUGAAGAGGAAACAGAGUUCCCGGGUCGAGGCCCAGCCCAUGACCGACUUUGGGCCAGAUGAGACCCUUGCGGACAGUGCUGACAUCUUCUGGAUAAACAAACCAUGGGUCCAUUCCUUGCUUCGAGCUUGUGCCAUCAUCAGUGUCAUCUCUGUUUGUAUGAACACUCCUAAGACCUUUGAGCAUUACCCUCCGCUACAGUAUGUGACAUUUACCCUGGACACGCUGCUCAUGUUCCUCUACACUGCCGAGAUGAUAGCGAAGAUGCAUAUAAGAGGAAUCAUCAAGGGUGACAACUCCUAUGUGAAAGAUCGCUGGUGUAUGUUUGAUGGAUUCAUGGUGUUUUUCAUCUGGGUCUCCUUGGUGCUUCAGGUUUUUGAAAUAGCAAAGCUUGUGGAUCAGAUGUCUCCAUGGGGAAUGUUGAGAAUACCGCGAGCGCUAAUAAUGAUCCGUGCCUUUAGGAUCUACUUCCGCUUUGAGCUCCCCCGUUCCCGGAUCACCAACAUUCUGAAACGCUCCGGGGAACAGAUCUGGAGUGUCUCAAUCUUCCUCCUGUUUUUUCUCCUGCUCUAUGGAAUUUUGGGUGUUCAGAUGUUUGGAACCUUCAAUCGUCACUGUGUAACAAAUAAUACAGAAAAACACAAAGUGACGUGGAACAGCUUUGCCAUCCCCGAUACUCACUGCUCCCCUGAUGGAGAGGGCUACCAGUGCCCUCUUGGGUUCAAAUGUGUGGAUCUAGAACAUUAUGGCCUCACCAGACAGGAGCUUGGUUACAGUGGAUUCAAUGAAUUAGGUACAAGUAUCUUCACUGUGUAUCAGGCUGCAUCACAGGAGGGUUGGGUUUUUCUCAUGUACAGAGCCAUCGACAGUUUCCCGCGCUGGCGCUCCUACUUCUACUUUAUAACUCUCAUUUUCUUCUUGGCUUGGCUUGUCAAGAAUGUGUUUAUUGCUGUCAUCAUUGAGACGUUUGCAGAGAUCAGAGUUCAAUUCCAGCAGAUGUGGGGGUCGAGGAGCAGUACCACAUCAACUGCUACAACACAGAUGUUCCAUGAAGACGCUGCCGGAGGAUGGCAGCUUGUUGCUGUGGAUGUCAACAAACCACAUGGUAGAGCGCCUGCUUGCCUUCAGCAAAUGAUGAGGUCCUCUGUCUUCCAUAUGUUCAUCCUCACUAUGGUCGCUGUGGAUGUCAUUGUGGCCGCCAGCAACUAUUACAAAGGCGAGAAUUACCAAAGGCACUAUGAUGAGUUCUACCUGGCAGAGGUUGCUUUUACUGUGCUGUUCGACCUUGAAGCUCUGCUGAAAAUUUGGUGCCUCGGCUUCACUGGCUACAUCAGCUCCUCCUUACAUAAGUUCGAAUCUCUCCUGGUGGUGGGCACCACGUUGCACAUCUACCCUGAUCUGUAUCACUCCCAGUUCACCUACUUUCAGGUGCUACGUGUGGUGCGCCUGAUAAAAAUUUCUCCUGCUCUAGAGGACUUUGUGUAUAAGAUAUUUGGUCCAGGUAAAAAACUGGGCAGCCUGGUGGUCUUCACGGCCAGCCUCCUCAUCGUCAUGUCAGCCAUCAGUUUGCAAAUGUUCUGUUUUGUGGAGGAGCUAGACCGCUUUACAACUUUCCCCAGGGCGUUCAUGUCCAUGUUCCAGAUCCUAACCCAAGAGGGCUGGAUAGAUGUCAUGGACCAGACUCUGGUGGCUGUCGGAACAAUGUGGGCUCCAGUCGUAGCCAUUUACUUCAUCCUCUACCAUCUGUUUGCUACCCUGAUUCUUCUGAGUCUUUUUGUGGCUGUUAUCUUGGACAAUCUCGAGUUGGACGAAGACUUAAAGAAGCUCAAACAGCUCAAGCAAAGCGAAGCCAACGCAGACACCAAAGAGAAGCUCCCUUUACGACUCAGGAUCUUUGAAAAGUUCCCCAACAGACCUCAGAUGGUGAAGAUCUCAAAGCUGCCAUCUGAUUUCACUGUGCCCAGAAUCAGAGAGAGUUUUAUGAAGCAGUUUAUUGAUCGUCAGCAGCAGGAUACCAGCUGUUUGUUCCGCCGUCUCCCCUCAGCUUCAUCCUCAUCCUGUGACCACUCCAAACGAUCAGCCAUUGAAGACAACAAGUAUAUUGACCAAAAGCUUCGCAGAUCAAUUUUUAGCAUUCGUGCCCGCAACCUCUUGGAGAAAGAGACGACAGUCAAUAAAAUCCUACGGGCUUGCACCAGGCAGCGGAUUCUGAGUGGUUCUUUUGAAGGGCAGCCAGCCAAAGAACGCUCAAUACUCAGUGUGCAGCACCAUAUACGACAAGAACGCAGAUCUCUGCGACAUGGAUCCACCAGUCAGAGGAUCAGCCGGGGGAAGUCGCUGGAAACGCUCACCCAGGAUCAUUCCAGCACAGUGCGCUACCGCAAUGCUCAGAGGGAGGACAGUGAGAUCAAGAUGAUCCAAGAAAAGAAAGAACAGGCAGAAAUGAAAAGAAAGGUUCAGGAGGAGGAGCUGAGGGAAAACCACCCUUACUUUGAUAAGCCUCUUUUCAUCGUGGGUCGUGAGCAUCGCUUCAGGAACUUCUGCAGGAUGAUCGUCCGGGCACGCUUCAAUGCAUCAAAAACUGACCCGAUAACAGGAGCAGUGAAGAACACCAAAUACCAUCAGCUGUACGAUCUUCUGGGCUUAGUCACCUAUCUGGACUGGGUGAUGAUUGUGGUGACCAUCUGCUCCUGCAUCUCCAUGAUGUUUGAAUCACCCUUCACCAGGGUCAUGCACGUCCCCACUCUGCAGAUUGGGGAGUAUGUGUUUGUGAUAUUCAUGAGCAUCGAACUCAACCUAAAGAUCAUGGCCGACGGUCUGUUCUUCACUCCUACGGCCGUUAUCCGGGACUUUGGAGGAGUGAUGGACAUCUUCAUCUAUCUUUUGAGUCUGAUCUUUCUGUGCUGGCUUCCUGCUGACGUCCCCCCUGAGUCUGGAGCUCAGCUGCUGAUGAUGCUGCGCUGCCUCCGCCCGCUCAGGAUCUUCAAGCUGGUUCCUCAGAUGAGGAAGGUUGUGCGGGAGGUUCUUAAAGGAUUCAAAGAGAUUUUCCUGGUUUCCAUUCUGCUUCUCACGCUGAUGCUGGUGUUCGCAAGCUUUGGAGUUCAACUGUUCGCCGGAAAGCUGGCCAAAUGCAACGACCCACGAAUCCUUAAACGGGAGGAUUGCUAUGGCAUCUUCCGGAUAAAUGUGAGUGUUUCCAGAAAUCUCAACCUGAAGCUGAGGGCUGAGGAGAAGAAACCUGGUUUCUGGGUACCAAGAGUCUGGGCAAAUCCUCGAAAUUUUAACUUUGACAAUGUCGGCAAUGCUAUGUUGGCUCUUUUUGAAGUUCUGUCCCUCAAAGGCUGGGUAGAGGUCAGAGAUGUCAUUAUUCACCGAGUUGGGCCGAUCCAUGGCAUCUACAUCCAUGUCUUCGUGUUUCUGGGAUGCAUGAUUGGCCUCACGCUGUUCGUCGGAGUCGUCAUAGCGAACUUCAAUGAGAACAAAGGCACUGCCCUGCUAACAGUGGACCAGAGGAGAUGGGAGGAUCUGAAGAGCCGACUGAAAAUAGCCCAACCGCUCCACCUGCCCCCCCGCCCAGAGAAUGGAGGUUUCCGGGCUAAGAUGUAUGACAUUACUCAGCAUCCCUUUUUCAAACGCGGCAUUGCUGUGUUGGUUUUGGCACAGUCUGUCCUGCUGUCAGUAAAGUGGGAUGUAGGUGAUGACAAAGUUACCUUUCCUCUUGCCACCAUGUCUGUAGUCUUCACCUUUAUAUUUGUAUUGGAAGUGACAAUGAAGCUGAUAGCCAUGUCUCCAGCUGGGUACUGGCAGAGCCGACGAAAUCGUUACGAUCUGCUGGUCACUUCACUGGGUGUCAUUUGGAUAGUUCUGCACUUUUCCUUAUUGAAUGCAUAUACAUACAUGAUGGGAACGUGUGUGAUCGUCUUCAGGUUCUUCACGAUAUGUGGGAAACAUGUGACACUGAAGAUGCUGCUGCUGACCGUGGUGGUAAGCAUGUACAAGAGCUUCUUUAUCAUCGUGGGUAUGUUCCUCCUGCUCCUGUGCUACGCUUUCGCUGGAGUCGUUCUCUUUGGAACGGUCAAAUACGGCGAGAACAUAAACCGGCAUGCCAACUUCUCCACAGCAGGCAAAGCCAUCACUGUUCUUUUCCGUAUUGUCACAGGAGAAGAUUGGAAUAAGAUCAUGCAUGACUGCAUGGUUCAACCUCCAUUCUGCACCCCUGACAAACAUCGGUACUGGGAGACUGAUUGUGGCAACUAUGCAGGAGCAUUGAUUUACUUUUGUUCAUUCUAUGUUAUCAUAGCAUAUAUUAUGCUCAACCUUCUUGUAGCCAUCAUUGUGGAGAACUUCUCUCUCUUCUACUCCACUGAAGAAGACCAGCUGCUGAGUUAUAACGACCUGAGGCACUUCCAAAUCAUCUGGAACAUGGUGGAUGACAAACGGGAGGGAGUGAUCCCAACAUCCAGGGUGAAGUUUCUGCUUCGUUUGCUGAGAGGAAGGCUGGAAGUGGACCUGGACAAGGACAAGCUCCUGUUUAAACACAUGUGCUAUGAAAUGGAGCGACUUCACAGUGGAGGAGAUGUGACAUUUCAUGAUGUGCUGAGCAUGCUGUCAUAUCGCUCAGUGGACAUUAGGAAGUCUCUCCAGCUGGAGGAGCUGUUGGCCAGGGAACAGCUGGAGUACACCAUUGAAGAGGAGGUCGCCAAGCAGACCAUCCGCAUGUGGCUCAAGAAAUGCCUUAAACGCAUUCGGGCGAAGCAGCAUCAGUCGUGCAGCAUCAUCCACAGCCUGAGAGAGAGCCAGCAGCAGGAGCUGAGCUCUUUCCUCAACCCUCCCAGCAUAGAAACCACGGUGCCGAGUGAAGACCACAAUGCUAACAACCCAGAUAACCCCUCGCAGCCUGAGAUGAGUGGCCUCCAGCAGCUUCUGAGCCCCACGUUGUCAGACAGAGGAGGGUACAGACAGGACUCCACAGACCUGGGGAGACCACAGAGAAAGUUGGGACAGUGGCGACUGCCUGCAGGUCGUACGAGUGUCAAAUCUAUUGUUUGCAAGAUGAACCCUGGCAACGACGAGGCCUCUUCGGGGUCAGAGGUGAAGAAGUGGUGGACCCGUCAGCUGACUGUGGAGAGCGACGAGAGCGGAGACGACCUCAUCGACAUUUAGAGACGACGUCCGACUGAUGUUUUCUUUCUUCUUUACAGAUCGGAUGGGAAGCUUGCUGGUGGAUUCAGACCUUUUCACUUCUUGUUUCUGUAGGCCGAUAAGUGAAAACAGUGUCGCCGCUUCAUUUUACCGCUACUUUUAUCAGAAGGGUUUGAUCAGCUGUGUGUGAAGCUUUACCUGGAGUGGAUCAUUCACUGAGGCAGCCAUUUAGGCAUGGAUUAGUGUUAUGUGUCCCAUGUGCUGUGCACUUCUGAGUUUUUCUAUGCAGGCGCAUCCGGUGUAAAAGCAGACUGUUGACUUAGACCAUACAUUAGGUGUAUUCAUGAACCCAACUGAGAAGCUGCUGCGGUGUGUGUUUUCUACUGUUUCAUGUCAAUAUCUUAAUCAACUUCUGUCCUUCAAUUUCUUUGAUUUGUCUCUGUUUCUCAUUCCUUGCAUUUCUGAUAAUGUCUCUUGAGUUUUUCAGUGGUGAUUGUUAACUGUUGUUUGUCUCAUUGUCACUUUAUACAAAAAUGUAUGUCUUUUUUUUUUAUCUGGACAUGAAAAUGGAAAAACAAAAUAUACAGUUUUGACUGUGAAUGUAUUUAAAGUUACAUCAGUGUGUAUUUGUGCAGCUUUAAAACAACUAUUUUGUAAGUUAUUAGAAACACUUAUAUUUAUUAUUCUAUUAAAGGCCUAUUGGGCAUUUAUGAGAAACACAGUGGUGUCACUGUCUUUGUACGUGACUUCAGGAAUUUGAAAUAGUUUUUAAAAAAGCUAUAUACAUGUUUUUGCACAACGAAAAUAUUACAUACAAUGGUGGUUUGCCCAUGUAAGGCCAAUAUGCCUUAAGCACUUAAUUACGUGAAGCACCAUUUGAUUACAGACACAAUCACCCAGGUCAAAGCUGAAAAAUUACUGCAAUGUCUAUAUGGGCCACUGAAACAAAAAUAAAACUCUGGCUUUAAUUUGCCAUGUUAAAAAUCACUUAAAUCUAACAUGUUUCUCCAGAAAUGUUGCCAGGAAGAGUCUGAGGGCUGUCAAUCAAUAUUGUGUACGUGUUGCUUAAUGUGCUAAUGGCAGAGAAACAACUUACGGUCCCAGGAAAACCCUACAUCGGUGGCCAUGCUAACUAGUCUGAGCAUUUCUGGCAGGCUCAGCUGAUGGGGAGAAGCUGUAGCGUCACAGAGAGCAAUGGAGAGAGUGUGAGCAGCACGUAUACAAGCAUGAUUGACAAAAACAACUUCUGACCGACUGGUCUAUUUCUGUAGUUAUCGUUGGAAGACGGCAAUGAAGCUUGAUUUUUUUUUUCUUCACAGAUUAUCUGUCUUGCGCUAUACUAUCACAACACAAUGACAAUUUUAACAGAUAUGUAAAUAAAUAUACCUUUUAUAAUUGUUGCAUACCCCACAUGUAGCUCUUUUUAGCAUGUUCUUUUUUUUGAUCAGAUAAAGUGUCUCCAUAGGUUUUGCAUAGCUUGUCUCAAACCCUGGUUGUGAUGCUGACUUAGUGGCAACCUGAGCAAAGAGCAACAUGAAUUGUUUACAAGAUUAACCCUGGAGGAGAAAGGAGGAGAUUUUCUUAAGUCAUCUAUACAUGCUUAUUAUUGUCAUAUAAACUUUACAGAUAUUACAGAUAUUACAUCUUGCUUCUCUCCAUGGCUCGUUUUACACAACAGCUUAUAGGAUCGUCUCUUCUAAACACAAAGACCUACAAUGGCUGUAACUGAGUGGACAGAUGCUGUUUAAUGAUUCCUUUCACAUGAAUAUACGACUGUGCAGAAUCAACCUGGUCUUUGGAAAACUCUGCCCUCUCCUGGACACAUGCUUUGUCACAUGGGUACUCCAGUCAUUCUUCUUCUCUUCUGGCUCAGUCUUGUUCGAUUGUUUGGUUCAGUCUUGUUCAACUUACAACAGGACUUACUUUCUGGUUGUGUACUCAGUUUAAUUUUGUCUAGAGUGUCUUUCUAAACUUUUCAAACCGCUCAAAGCUUUUCAUACUUUGUCAUACUGCACAAAGUUCAAUGCACAUUAUUGAAAUUCCAAUUGACAGACCAACAAAAUCUGUGCUUCUUUGUGAAGUGGAAGGUGUAAAAUGAGAUGCUUGUAUAUACCAUAUAGAAGCAUCAUGAUGUGUUUGCAUGCAUUAUAAGCAGAUGCAUUUGAAAAUAAUAAUUAAGCAGCGUUUAUUCUAUGUAUAAUACACAUACUCUACCCGAAGUUGCUGCUUUAUUUUGACGUAUUCGUUUCUAGUGGGUUCAUCAGACAAUGGCUGCGGGUCAGAGUGGAGGUAAUUGAAUAAAGAGGUCGCAUUCAUGCAGCUGCAUUUUACUUUAACAAGGGGCCUUGUUAGACACAGAAUUAGCCUAUUAAAAGAAACACGGCCUUGAUUUGUCCGGUUAAAACCCUGUUAAGUCUCACAGCUGACGGAGGGUGUGCGGGGCUGUCUAGAUAAUGAACGAGCAGCAAAGCAGAGAAAGUGCAGAGGAUCAGCUGCCUGUGGGACAUCCACUCUGUAGAGGUCCUGAUUUACUCACACAUUCCUCUCUCGGUGACUGAGUGCUCCCUCUGGCAUCUGGUCCUGUUGGGAAACAGUGUGACAUCAGCCUUCUUGCCAAUCAACUGCCUUUAAUUUAUCUUUUCUCACUUACUCUUCCUGUCAACCAUCUCCUCUUAAGUGCCACUUAGCUGAGAGCUAGCUCAUCAAAGGGGCCUUUUCUGCAUCUUUUUUUUUUCUCUCAUUUUCGCUCUGCGUGGCGGAGCACUUUUAUUUUGUCUUUUAAUUGCCUCUGCAUCGCGCUGGGCUCUUACGAGGCCUGUUGUUUUUUACCCUCUCUGCCCACCUCUCCCUCGUGCAUGUACAAUGCUUAUUUAGGACCUAAUUGAGGCACUUUGGUAAUUGUGGAGGAAGUUCUUAAGAGCGGAGGGAGUGGGAGUGGGAGUCCAGAUCACCUGUAAUUAAAGUACAUGAUGGCUUUGAUGGCUCGGUUCCCUCCUGUUGAGAUGGCAUGUUUAAAGCUUGAGCCGGCAGCAUCACGUGGACUAGAAAAUGCCUUCUCUCUGGAACACAAGGCGGAUAAUGCUGACAUGAUGGAGUUUCUGAUGAGAAUUAUUAUCUUAAAAAAAAAAAAAACACUCUCAUGCACAAUCACAUACCAGUUCAUGUCUUUAAAGAUGCAGCGCACACACCUCCAAAUUGCAUCAAUUGCUGUCUUCAAAUGACCUAAUCUUGAAAAGAAUAGGAUAUCCCAAAAUAUUUUCUACAUCAUUUUAUAUUGGCCAUGUUUGCCACAACACAGGGCUGUUGAAAGAGUCGUGUUUGUUCUGUGGCAUUUUCUCAAUUUUGGGGAGAGGGGAAGUCUUGGCAUUUAUACCCCACUCAUACUAUUGCGGUCCAGCUGCAAUUUCAAAUUCAUGACAAUAAGUUCAUAUUAAUGUGCAUCCUUUGAUAAUGUGAUUUACAUUUUCAGUGUUUCCUUCUGUGUAUAGCUCCCAGUUUUCAGUUUUCCCUCCACACAUUCUGAGCUUCAUAAACAAGGUGGCGGCCGUGCAAAUUAACCGUCUCUAUCUCACAUCAACAUUCACCCCAGGUCCGGGCCUAAUCCCAUCCCUGUGUUUGGAAACAGAUGGCUACUACUACAAUGAAAAAAGUAGCAAAUUAUUUUAAGCAGCAGGCAGCAGAGGCAAUUAACAACUGAUAAAAUGUGUUGAUUAAAAUCUAUUGCAGUCUCAUGGACGAGGGGUAGGAUGGGGGCAAUUGUACCGUACAGUCAAUUUGGCAUCUGACCAGGUCAAGACAUGCAGACCUUCACCUGAACACAGCUGCUCAUUUCAUUUUAUUGUAUUUUUUGGCUGAAUAAGACUUGAUUAGAUUAUAAAUAAUGCAAUGACAAGAAGCUGGUAUUUGUACUGGUACUGACGUUCUUCCCUCAAAACAACUUAAAAAGUUUAGUUUGAGAUUCAGAAUGUAAAGCUAUUUCUUGAAUCAAAUGGUUUAAUUUUGAAAUAAAACUCAAAGAUGUCUUCCUAUGGCCUAGUUUUCUUUCAAAUGAUUUACAGUCCCUUGAAAAACUAUAGCCCUUAAUUUUGCACCAACAACCAACGUCCAUGUAUUUUCUAAGAAUUUAACAUUGACAGGCCAGCCUUCUAACUCCGUCGACCUCAGCCCCAUGUCUGGAGCCUCCCCACAGGCUUACUUUCAAGAAUGCUGUAUUCUUGAAAGUAUACUCUCUCUAUUCUCACAUCAACUCUCCCCUGCCCCCAAGAAGCAAUCCAGCAGCAUGAUGCUGCUGCCAUGUUUCCACCAUGUAGUUUGAGUUGAGAAUUAUAUCUGUCAUUUUUGAAUUUAGAUCAAAAAGUUUCAUUUUGGUUUCUGAUCAGAGCACCUUGCCCCCCUACGAGCAAGCUGCAAACUUUAUGUCAACAAAACAGUUCAUCUUCUUUUUUACUACUCGACAAAGGUGAGAUUUGUUGAGUUCACAACUAAAACUUGUUCUGUCAAGCUGUGGUUCUCUGCAGUUCCUCCAAAGUUACUUUGGGCUUAUUGGCUGCUUCUCUGGCCUGCUGUCUUUCACCUGUCAGUGAUAGUCAUGUUUUGGUAUGCUUUCCAUUUUCAAUUGAUGGAUUGAAAAGUGUUUUGUUAGAUGUCCACUUCUGAACACUUUUGAACACUUCUUCAAACUUCUCCAUAACUUUGUUUCUUGGUCUUUAUGGUGCCUGUUUCUAAGGAUCUCACAGAAUAUACAAUUUAUAGAUUAAAUUGAACACAAACAGACACUCUUUACUAAAUAGAUGACUUAGGAAAGCAAUUUAUUCCACUGGAUUUCAGUUAUAGGGAUCAGAGCAAAAACGGCUCAUUGAAAAAGAAAUAACAUUUUCACUUUUCAAAUUUAGUUUUUACUUGAGCCCCCCUUUUCUCCUCCUUCACGAAUUGUGUAGUUCUGUCACAUGAAAUCCCUCUGAAAAACAUGAAAGUUUGUGGUUUUAUUGUGGCAUUUUUGGGGAAAAACUCAAGAGGUAUUAAUGCGUUUGCGGGGAAAAACGACAAAUUUCUGGGUUUUCUGCCUAUCAUUUCCCAUCUCUUUUCAGAUGCCCUGUGCAAACACAAUGACUGCAGGAAGUCAUCUCGAGGCUUUCACCUCAUGCUCAGCGCAUCAUCAGCCCGGUUCGACUGCCGCCCCGGUGAUCGCUGAGCACAAAGUGACACAGAGGCUCUACUUUGUCUCAGAGCCACACAAACCCCAUUUCCUUUAAACGACUAAUCAGUCCCAUUCAUCCGUCCACGGGUCCCUAGUUCCUCAAAUCUACACCUGUCUUUGGCUUCUUUAAUUACUGGAAGGCUGCCUUUGUCUGAUCAGGAGCCAAGAUUAGAAUAUGAGUGGCAAAUUCAGAAGAAAAUCAUACAGGCUCAAACCAAGUCAAUUACCCACCAAUCAAAGUAAAAAAGGCUUGUAAUUGCAGGGUAACAGUGAGCGCCUCCGCUUCAGCGCCAGCUUUGAGGGUAAAAUAGGCAAGAGAUAAUGCGUACCUGCAGGGGGUGCUAUGCUCAAACUAUUAAGUUUAUCUGUGGCAGGGCAAGCUUAUAGAUCACAGAGAAAGCUUUAUUUAUUUCCCCCCCUCCUUUCAAAUGCAACUAUAGCCUGUAGUGAGACAUUACCUUAUAAUUCUAUGCUUUUACUUGGCUAUUAUGCCAAAUUGUGCAUAUGACGUUUUGAGGAAAAUGCAGGAAAAUUAUAAGGAGAGAAAGCUUUUAUAAUGCUAUUUGUAACAGUACCAGGAAAUGAUUUUCACAACGCAAGUUGCAUGCUUAAUACAAAUUAUUUUGCAUCAAAAAAACUGACCUACCACAAGAAAUUGAAAAGAAAUGUAAUCGAUUUAUAUCCAGAUCGGAGUUUAACUGAUUUCAUUUUAUGUUUGUAAAAUCUGUUGCUUUCUCCCUUGCACUCCAGCCUCAAUAUCUUAUCUGGGAUUUUUCCAUCAUCGUGUGAGAGUCUUCAAAGCAAGGAAAAGAAAUUAGCAAUACAGCUUCAGAUGCUACUGUAGGUCAAGCUGAAGAGCCCCAGUUGUGAUGAGGAAUACUGUGUGUGUGUUCAACAUGCAUUCUAAUAAGCAUCCAUAUUCAGGGUUUUCUUCCCCUGAGAUCAAAAAGUGCCUAUAGGCUAUUUCUUCUUCUCUUUUUUUUUCCUCCUUUCUUUUGGAAACGGAGAAUCAUUUAAUGCACACUCUUCUCUUCCCCCACCCAAGCUUUCAACGUGUGGUAUUUAAAUUUCAGAUCCCAAACCCGGAACAGUGGAGAAGCGCGGAAAGGCAGAGUGAAUGAGAAAAGCAGAGACUAAGAGAAGCUGCUUCACGGCAGCUGACGGAUCCCCCCACCAGGCUUUAGACAGGGCUAGUUUUUGAAAAAACAGAGGAUAGAAACUGACAACUUCAGUUUUGCCUUUCCUUUAUUUAUUUUCUACCUUUUUGCCCCCCCCCCCCCGCUGCCUCCCCCCACAAUCCCUCUUCGUUUGGCAGCAUUUGAAGAUAAUCAAUCACAAUAUCAAAAGAGAGCCCUGUUGUCAUGCAGUUUGUUUUCCAAUUCUAACCUUUAGCCCCCUCAGCAGUCAGAUGCAAUUUUUUCUGAUUCCAAAACUUUCAACACACACGCAUGGUUGGGGUGUGCAUGUGCAUGCUCAAACUGCAUCAGACUGGUUUACACUCCAUGGCAAACAAAAUCAAAAUAAAUUAGAGUUUACAAAAUGUAAGUGUGUGAUGCUAUUGAUCAGCACUGGUCAUAGUGCCUUGCAAAAGUAUUCAUAGUCUUCAAACUUUUUUCACAUUUUCCUGCAUCACAAACGUUAUUGUAUUUUAGGAAUUUUAUUUAAUCGACCAAUAACAAGUGGUGCCUAUUUGUGAAAUGAAAGAGAAGUAAUACAUGGCUUUAAAAAAAACCCAAAAACUUUAACACCUCUAAAUGAAAUUAAGUGAAAUCAAUAGCCUGAAGUGAGCAUCUGUGACUAUCAAAGUAAAAUAAACAUAGAUUUUCAGUUGAA